AUGGAAAAAAAAAUAAAAAUCAAAUUGGUUCUUAUAAGAAUCUUGAAAAAAAAAAAAAAAAAAAAAACGUUAAAAAUAGAUUGUAAAAAUAUCUUUAAUAAUUGUGUGGGGGGUAUGGUAUAUUUUGAAUUAAUAGUCGAAUAUUGGCUAUAUUGA